GCUCCGCUACAACAGAUGGACAGCUCUCGCGCUCUCCUCCUACUUCUCCCACGAGCUCCUGGAUGCGCGGCGGCUGCACGCGCCCCUGCUGAUUGUUUCCAACGGCAGCAGCACGAGCGAAGAGUUUAACGGUUUUGACGGGGAAAAGGAGAAGAAGAAGAGCACCGACAGGAGGAGGAAGAGGAGGAGAAACACCGAGGAGAAUCGUGUGAGACAGCUCCCUCUCUCUGGUGACUCAACACGAUCACACAGUCUUCUCUACGCUCCUCUCAUGCUCACUGAGGAUGGAUGAUACACAAGACUUGGUUCAGAUUGGAGAGAACAGAUUCAUUAGCAAGACAACCGUCCUCUCACAUCUUAAAACAUACAACUUGUAUUAUGAAGGACAGAAUCUACAGCUGCGGCACAGAGAGGAAGAGGGGGAGCUGAUUGUCGAGGGUCUGCUGAACAUCUUUUGGGGCCUGCGACGUCCAAUCAGGCUUCAGAUGCAGGAUGACCACGAGCGAAUCCGACCACCUCCCUCCUCCACGUCCUGGCACUCCGGGUGUAAUCUGGACAGUCAAGGUUCCCCCAACAACACAGAUGGUCAACAGAUGACACAGCAGAGCCCACCCACAGUGGAAGUGACGCCACCUGAGAGCCAACUAGAGGACAACGGUGUGACGGAGGAACAGAUAGAAGAGGACAGUGAGAGCUCCACUCAGUUGCUCAGAACGAAGAGUGAUGCAGGGGUCUUAAGACGGGGCCAGCGAAGGUCCCCUAGUGACCAGAGGAAAAUCCGCCGCCAUCGAUUCUCCAUCAAUGGGCACUUCUACAAUCAUAAGACAGCAGUGUUCACUCCUGCUUAUGGUUCAGUCACUAAUGUUCGCAUCAACAGCUGCAUGACCACACCUCAGGUGCUACGAGUUCUCCUCAACAAGUUCAAAAUUGAAAACAGUCCAGAUGAUUUUGCCCUCUACCUCGUCCAUGCAAGUGGAGAGCGUGUGAAACUGAAGCGGACCGACUAUCCUCUGGUGCUGAGAGUAAUGCAGGGUCCAUGUGAGCAGGUCUGCAAAGUUUUCCUCAUGGAAGAAGACCUGGGAGAAGAAGUCACAUAUGAUGUGGCGCAGUAUAUCAAGUUUGAGAUGCCUGUUCUGCAGAGUUUUAUCACCAAGCUGAAAGAAGAGGAGGACAGAGAGGUGCAGAAACUCAGAAGAAGAUAUAAUUACCUGCGGUGUAUAAUUGAGAAGCAGCUCAGUUGUCUUCCAGAGGGGGCGACGUGUAUGUGAUCGGCUCACGGUGAGGAUUCCCUCCACCACACCAAACUGUCAAAAACUUUCCCAGAGUACCAUAUCCUCACAACCGUGACCAAGAACCAGCUGACAAGAACACAGCAUAUGUGUUUUCAGUGACUAUUCUGCUCCUUUGAAUUCCUUCCUCUGCAUGGGGUAUUUUUCCAGCUGAUCAACCUACAGAACAAAACAUGCUAUAUUGUGUUCAUGUUGAAUGUGACCAUCUCAGCAAUAGUCUUGACUCACAUGUCAUAAAGAGUCUUGAUUUGACCCGAUCACUUCAUCUUUCUAUUCGUCGUUACACACAGUGCACGCAGAAAGACAUUCCUCUAAUCCUGAGUGGUAUAAACCUUUUUGCAGAACAGAACUUUGUUGAAUGAGUCAAAAAUGAAAUGCCUUUUCUUCUGUCUUCCCUCCAAACAAUAUUUAAAAUCAAUUUAAAGCACAAACAUCAUGGUCUAAGGUCUCAGUAAAGUGCCUGUUUGAAGGGUUCUCAAAGCACAAAACAAACUUUGAUCUGUACUAUUUUAAAUUGUCGUGUGGGAAAUUUGGGGGGGGUUUACUAGGAAAGCAAAUGAGUGUAGCCUCAAAAGCAUUUAUUAUUCAGUCCCAAAAUGCACUUGAUGGUUCUAUUUUCCUCCUGUUUGAGCAUUUGUUUAAUAUUUGAACUGAUAAAUUGACUGUUUUCAUUUUAUUGCACUUGAGGAGUUAAAUGCAGGGAUUAUUGAAGGCCAUGUGAACAGAUCAUCUUCUUAUGUUACCGUCAGUCUGUUGGAAGUCUGCUCGUGUCUGUGGCGUUUGUGCAGGCAAACAGACAAAAUGUCUUUGUCAUGUAGUUAAAAAAAAAAAGAUAAACGCUUGCUCACUUAUCUCUGUAAAGGUUAAGAUGUUUAUUUUAUAUUUGUGUAACUACAGCCAGCAGCUAGUAAGACUAGAGACAAACAGCGAGCCUGGAUAUGUUCAGAGGUGAUGCAUAACACCUGCCAGCAUCUCUGGAGCUCAUUAACAGACACGUUGUAGUUUGGUGUUGUUUAUGUGUCAGACUAUUACUUUCCAGAGGCUUAGUUUGACAGAUAACAAAACAGCAUUAAGUUGUAUUUACUCUUCAGUUUUUGUAAGAGUAAAACAAACAAGAAAUAAUGUUAACUAGUGAGCUGGUGCUGGUUGGCAGAUUUUACUGCCUUUGCUUUCUAACCCGCUGCUCGCUGUAGUUUCAUAUUUACCACACAGACAUGACAUUGCUAUUAAUCCUCUCAACAAACUCACAGCAUGAAAUCAAGUAUUUCUCCAAGAAUAUCAGACUGUUCAUUCAAUGAAAGUUGUAUAUUUUAAUUAAACUGUAAAAAAAUGUAAAGGCCCAAGUACAAUAGUUGAAAGUUAGCAAUAGCUAGAAACUCUCUGUGCAGCACAUCAGUCCCAUGAUCUGCGUUGUCACUAUCAAAUAAUAUUAGACAAAAAUCAGAAAGAAAUCUACCCUGAAAUAGUUUUAAGCCUUUAAGCCUCUUUUAGUCCUUCUACAUGCAUUAUUGUCUUAACCUAAAAUGAAAGACUAUUCAGGGAUGAUUCUUUUUUCAUUUAUAUCCAGCAAAAAAUGACACAAAGCACAAUACAAAAGUGAAAUCCCACAAGACUGUGAAAUAUGCUGAUGAUCUUUUAUGAAGGAUGUUUUCAGUGUGUAACUGAGCAUUUCAAAGCAGUACAAUUUGCCUCCACAUGUACAGCACUUUGCAUUCGUCUGCUUUUGUCCGUCGGUUCAAUAUUUCUAACGUUGCUGAAAAUCUCGCCGUAAAACACACAUCCUCAAGAGUGUGUCUGUGACACUGAGAGCAUGCAUGUUAUAUUUUUAGUGACUCUUUAAGACUUGCCUGCUUUUGUAUUGCGUCUUUUACAAAAUAAUGAAGAAAUUUUAGUCUUUAAAGUGUUAAAAACUCAUGCCACUACUUGGAAAAUGUAGAUUUUUUCGAACAAUGAUUAUUAUUUAAUAAAAAAGUUGUUUUGGGAAAAUAUGAA